GAGUUGUCGGUCUGGGGGACGGGGAGGAGGAGGAGAGGAGGAGGAGGAAGGUGGCUUUCCAGAGCGGCCUCUCCGAUGAGCCUCAGCCUACUGCGGGGCCGGCGCUAUGGCUGCUCUGUACCAGAGCGCAGACCCGUCGGCCUCGGCUUCCCCGAACAAGCUGCUGGCGCUGAAGGAUGUCCGGCAGGUGAAGGAGGAGACCACCCUGGACGAAAAGCUGUUCCUGCUGGCCUGCGACAAAGGUGAUUAUUACAUGGUGAAGAGACUUUUAGAAGAGAAUAGUUCUGGGGAGAUGAACAUAAAUUGUGUGGAUGUGCUUGGGAGAAAUGCUAUUACCAUAACUAUUGAAAAUGAGAAUCUAGACAUUCUACAGCUUCUGUUGGAUUAUGGAUGUCAGUCUACAGAUGCAUUAUUGGUGGCCAUUGACUCAGAAGUUGUGGGAGCUGUUGAUAUAUUACUUAAUCAUCGACCAAAGCGAUCCAGUAGACCAACAAUUGUUAAAUUAAUGGAACGUAUUCAGAAUCCAGAAUAUUCAACAACUAUGGAUGUUGCACCUGUCAUUUUAGCUGCUCACCGUAACAACUAUGAAAUUCUUACAAUGCUGUUAAAACAGGAUGUCUCGCUACCCAAACCUCAUGCUGUGGGGUGUGAAUGUACAUUAUGUACAGCCAAGAACAAAAAAGAUAGUCUACGACACUCAAGAUUUCGUCUUGAUAUUUAUCGAUGUUUGGCUAGUCCUGCCUUAAUAAUGUUGACAGAAGAGGAUCCAAUUCUGAGAGCCUUUGAACUUAGUACAGACUUAAGAGAAUUAAGCCUUGUAGAAGUUGAAUUCAGAAAUGAUUACGAAGAACUAGCCCAGCAGUGUAAAACCUUUGCUAAAGAUUUGCUUGCUCAGGCACGGAAUUCCCGGGAGCUUGAAGUUAUAUUGAAUCAUACUGCAAGUGAUGAGCAUGUGGAUAAACGAGGAUUGCUAGAAGAGAGAAUGAAUUUGAGUCGCCUAAAGCUUGCCAUUAAGUACAACCAAAAGGAAUUUGUUUCUCAGUCUAAUUGCCAGCAGUUUCUCAAUACUGUCUGGUUCGGACAAAUGGCUGGUUACCGCCGCAAGCAUACAUUUAAGAAGAUUUUGACAGUCUUGACAGUUGGCAUCUUUUGGCCACUACUAUCUUUUUGCUAUUUACUGGCACCACGAUCUCGAAUAGGCAGAAUAAUUCAUACUCCUUUUAUGAAAUUUAUCAUUCAUGGAGCUUCAUAUUUUACAUUUCUGUUAUUGCUUAAUUUGUACUCUCUUGUCUACAAUGAAGAUAAGAAAAACACAAUGGGACCAGCAUUAGAGAGAAUAGACUAUCUUCUAAUACUGUGGCUCAUUGGAAUGGUAUGGUCAGAUGUUAAAAGACUUUGGUAUGAUGGCUUGGAAGACUUUUUAGAAGAAUCACGAAAUCAACUUAGUUUUGUCAUGAAUUCUCUGUAUUUGGCAACUUUUGCUCUCAAAGUAGUUGCCCAUAAUAAGUUCCAUGAUUUUGCUGAGAGGAAGGAUUGGGAUGCUUUCCAUCCUACACUUGUGGCUGAAGGUCUCUUUGCUUUUGCUAAUGUUCUCAGUUAUCUUCGACUGUUCUUCAUGUAUACAACAAGCUCCGUCCUGGGUCCACUUCAGAUUUCAAUGGGGCAGAUGUUGCAAGACUUUGGAAAAUUUCUUGGUAUGUUCCUUUUGGUAUUGUUCUCAUUCACGAUUGGGUUGACUCAACUGUAUGAUAAAGGAUUUACUGUCAAUGAAGAGAAGGACUGCGCUGGGAUUUUUUGUGAACAGCAAAGCAAUGACACAUUCCACUCGUUUAUUGGCACCUGCUUUGCCCUAUUUUGGUAUAUAUUCUCCCUUGCACAUGUAGCUAUAUUUGUCACCAGAUUUAGUUAUGGUGAAGAAUUGCAGUCUUUUGUGGGUGCUGUUAUUGUUGGCACAUAUAAUGUAGUAGUUGUGAUUGUUCUUACCAAGCUUUUAGUGGCGAUGCUUCAUAAAAGUUUUCAGCUAAUAGCAAAUCAUGAGGAUAAAGAAUGGAAGUUUGCUCGUGCGAAGCUCUGGCUUAGCUAUUUUGAUGAUAAAUGCACGCUACCUCCACCUUUCAAUAUCAUUCCUUCUCCCAAAACAAUCUGCUAUAUAUUUAACAGUCUCAGUAAGUGGAUUUCUUCUCAUACAUCAUCGGGCAAAGUUAAGCGGCAGAACAGUUUAAAGGAGUGGAGAAAUUUGAAGCAAAAGAGAGAUGAAAAUUACCAAAAGGUGAUGUGUUGUUUAGUCCAUCGUUACUUGACUUCCAUGAGACAGAGAAUGCAAAGUACUGACCAGGCCACAGUAGAAAACCUGAAUGAACUCAGGCAAGAUUUAUCAAAAUUCCGAAAUGAAAUGAGAGACUUGCUUGGUUUUCGGACAUCAAAGUAUGCCAUAUUUUAUCAAAGAAACUAAUUUUCAAACUUUUCUAAUGGUUCAACUCAGGCACCUACACUUGCAGGGUGUUGGGUAGGGAGGGAAUCUGGUUCAAAAAAAGUAAUUUUAUUAAUAUAUUUUUAAAAUGCAAUGUAUAAACUGUUGCCAGAUUCUGUUGUGAAACAAUAACUGGUGAUUUUGAAUUAAUUUGAAGCUUAUGAUGUAUAUGGUAUGUAAACUGUAUAUAGUCUGCUAAAUGGAAAUAUUUUGUUAUAUGUCAGAUUUGAUAUUCUCAUUAUCAUAUAGACAUCAGACCAAUUUACCUGUACACUGUUGCACUUUUGAGAAGGGGAUGAUGUUUAAUUUUUUUUUUCUUUUCCAUGUAUGAAAUGAAGGCACAAAUUAUUUUGACAUGUUUUCAACAGUUGUACCUUUCUAAAUUAAUAUAGACACGAACCAGUUUUUAGCAUAUUUUUAAAGGCUUUAUUUCUGAAAAGGCUGUCAAUUAAGUUCGUAAUACCAUUUUUAAAGGAUUCUUUUGGAGUUGGGCUAAUAUUGAAAGGCCCUAUUGUCAUCUCUGUGACACUUUUGGUCCUCAAAGGCUGAUGAAUGAUACCAAAGAAUUUAAUACUUUGGAACUGAAUUUAUGGUUUCAUUUUUAUGUAAAAUGGUGGCUGAGUAAAAUUUCAUAGAGAAAAUCUGAAGGUGCCAUUUUUAUCUGUAUCUCUAGCACCUAUUUAUAUCAAGUUGUUUCCAAGAUGCAGUACUUGAAAUAAUGGAUUUCAUUAGAUUUCAUUAUCUGCU